UUUGCGUUGCGCUCGAGCGUUUCCGGUAACCCGUUGAGCAGCGGGGCCAAAAUUCACCGCACCCUCAUCAUCUUGUGCCAGAUAUUCCGUUCACCGGGACCGGUAACGCUCGUCACAGAUUCUACCAGCUCAUUGUCAUCAAUGGAUAUAGAGUUUGAUCGCUGACAGACUCUUUAAACCUCGGCGGAUACACAGAUUGAUGCUAACAGCAUCCUCAGCGCGCAUGCGUGUGUGUGCGUGAGAGAAAAUCACGAUUUAUUCGUUCGUUAACUUCAAUAAAACUCGUUUUAGUAAAGUUUUUAUCCGUAAUUUGGGAAACAGCUUAUAAAGUCGUGUUAUAGAGCUCAUAUGAUGUAAUGGUUGCCGUUUACAGGUGAUUUCUGAGGUUAAUGUGUACCUUUUCAGAGUGUAUUGUGCUGAUUUCUAAGGUGUUUAUACAAACCCUUUCUUUAUGUGGUCUGAGUCUGUAAGGUGUUUUUAUGAUGAUGAUGAUGAGCUCUGGACAGUAAUCUGGUGGCAGGUGUUUGAUCAGUUUAGGUUUGGAUCUAUAGUUAGACUGAAGCUCGAUGACGAGUUUUAGAUGAAAGUUUAUUUUAAGCUCAGUCUGAGCUCGACUUUUCCUGUCACUGAGACUUAAGAUCUCUGGUCCUUCAGACUACAGCAUGGCUCCCAAAAAGAGACCAGAUCCCAUUGUUAUAACUGGAAGCACAGAACCGCAGACAACUUCCACAUCUCUAGAUGCUGCAUCAGAAGCGAAUCUGGAGGCCCUUCAGAAGAAGCUGGAUGAACUGGACUUGGACGAGCAACAGAAGCAGCGUCUGGAGGUUUUCCUUACACAGAAAGCUAAUCUGGGGGAAUUGAAGGAUGAUGAUUUCCAGCACAUCUGUGAACUGGGAGCUGGAAACGGAGGUGUGGUCAAUAAAGUUUGUCAUAAACCCUCCGGUCUCAUCAUGGCCAGAAAGUUAAUUCAUCUGGAGAUCAAGCCUGCGAUCAGACAUCAGAUCAUCCGAGAGCUGCAGGUUCUGCACGAGUGUAAUUCUCCGUACAUCGUGGGCUUUUAUGGGGCGUUUUACAGCGAUGGAGAGAUCAGUAUGUGUAUGGAGCACAUGGACGGAGGAUCUUUGGAUCAGGUUCUCAAAUACGCUCGCAGAAUUCCUGAGGAGAUCUUGGGAAAAGUCAGCAUAGCAGUUUUAAGAGGUCUUGCUUACCUGCGAGAAAACCACCAAAUUAUUCACCGAGAUGUGAAACCCUCAAAUAUUCUGGUCAAUUCUCGCGGUGAGAUUAAACUGUGUGAUUUUGGAGUAAGUGGGCAGCUCAUCGACUCGAUGGCAAACUCUUUUGUGGGCACACGGUCCUACAUGUCGCCAGAGAGAUUGCAGGGCACUCAUUAUUCAGUCCAGUCUGAUGUGUGGAGUAUGGGUUUGUCUCUGGUGGAGUUGGCCAUCGGUCGCUAUCCUAUCCCUCCACCUGAUCCUAAAGAACUGGAGGGCAUCUUUGGCAGGGCUCUUAUAGAUGUUGGAGAGACACACGGCACCUCUCCACGUCCCAGAGCUCCAGGCAGACCCGUCAGUGGUCAUGGUCCGGUAAUGGCCAUAUUUGAACUGUUGGAUUAUAUUGUCAAUGAGCCUCCUCCUAAACUCCCACUUGGUGUCUUCACUCCAGAUUUCCACGAUUUUGUGACCAAAUGUCUUAUUAAAAACCCUGCAGACAGAGCCGACCUGAAGAUGCUUACAAACCACACGUUUAUUAAACGCUCCGAGGUGGAGGAGAUUGACUUCGCUGGAUGGUUGUGUAAAACCGUCAGACUGAAUCAACCCAACACACCCACCAGAACAACGCCUGAAUAAAUGAAGACGACACACAAACACACACUUAACCCUGACCAUCACCUGACACCAUUGGUAAACUGUGUGCACAUGCAAAACUCAUUCUUCAUCCAUUCGGGACAUUAUUUUCAUGCAUAUACUGAAUAAUUAAAGUAAUGAAGUAAAAUUCAUUGUUUUAUUUGUAUUCAAUAAAUAAUCACAAAUACAAAUAAAGCCAUCUGAAGACAUUGCAGUCAUAAAUAGGAAAAUAUGUAAAUCGUAUUAAAAAAGACUUUAUGUUGAUGACUCUUUUGGGGAUGAAAAUGAAUCGGGAAUGUUUUCUGGAGAUGCACAUCCAUCCAGUACUCAUCACUAUUAUGAGUCACUUCAGAAGGAUUUAUUUGAUUUCUGACACCAAUAUGAAGUUCAGACAGUAAGAAAUAGAGGAUGAACUGUAUGGUUAUUGCAGAUGGAGAAGAAUGAGAUGCAGUAUGAUGAUUACAUCAGAUUUGUGCUCCUUUAGUUUUACAAUCACCUUUUGAGUUUUAUGACCUCCCUCAAAAUAAAGACAAGUUUCAAAACU